UGAAGUGGAAGCAAAAAAUGAUGCCAGAACAGAUUUGAAGGUGAACGUUGAAGAUGUUGGAGUAGUCGUUCAGGUGUUGCUCACGGGGACAUUUCUCAACUUGAUGACAUCUGUGCCGCCUUCUUUCAAGUACAAAAUGUAUGGGUUGCUGGGAUAUUAUGACGGAAAUACUGAGAAUGACUACACCACUAAAGAUGGAGCAGUAGUAGAUGCAGACACCGACUAUCUGACCCUCCACAACCAGUUUGGCGAGUCAUGGCGAGUGGACGAAUCUGAUUGGCUGUUCCAGUCUGAGCCAAUCAAAAAUGCAAUUUCAGCUGACAUCACGACUGGAUCAGCCGGGUUCCAGCCCAGAUACGACAUAGUGUUUGACAGUGAGGAGGAUCGGUUGGCAGCUGUGCAGCAAUGCAACAAUGACACUGCCUGUAUGCGAGACGUUUCACUGACUGGCAAUUUUUCCUUCGCCACAGUGUUCCAGGCUCUCGAGGAAUCGAUCCAAAAAGCGGAUCAGAUGAGCGAACUGUUUCGAGAGCACGAACCCGAAUUCGCCGAGGAAAAUAAGGCGGUGAUUAUCUUCUCGGAAAAAAUGACUGGGGUUGUGGUAGCCCUUGGAUGCUACUUCCUUCUCUCCCAUAUCGAUUGAUGAGCAGACCAUGAGAAAAAGUUAAAAUGAACUUCGAAGAAGAAAGGAGCUAUGCGGAAUGCAAGCAUGCGACGCAUUUUGUAAAUAAAAUUGAAAUUAUUAUUUUGUAGCUUUUGCAUUGGAAAAAAAUGAUAGCAAAAUUAUAUA